AUGAGUGAAUAUUUGGUUCUUUUGCUAGGAAUCGCCGCCAAAGUCAUUUCGGCGGCGGCUUGUACCGGAAACAGUGCAACUAACCGCACGCAGUGGUGUGACUACUCUGUGGCAACCGACUAUUCCACCACUGUUGUUGAUACUUCAGUCACUAGAGAGUACUGGCUAGAGUUAACAGAUGUUUCUGUAGAUCCUGACGGCUUCUCUCGAUCUGCUAUAGCCGUCAAUGGCAGUAUUCCUGGACCAACCUUGUUUGCGGAUUGGGGUGACACUGUGGUUGUGCAUGUUACCAACUCUCUAACGACCUCCCUUAACGGUACGAGUAUUCACUUUCACGGUAUACGUCAAAACUACACCAAUGAAAAUGACGGAGUUGUAUCUAUUACACAAUGCCCACUUGCCGUUCACCAAUCGACCACUUACACUUGGAAAGCCACCCAGUAUGGCACGUCUUGGUAUCACUCACAUAUUGGCCUCCAGACCUGGGAAGGAGUUUUUGGGGGCAUUAUUAUUAAUGGACCUGCAAGUUCAAAUUACGAUGAAGAUCUCGGGAUGGUCUUCCUAAACGACUGGGAUCAUCAAACAGUGGAUGAGUUGUACUCUGUGGCCCAAACGGCCGGACCACCCACGCUCGACAACGGCCUGAUCAACGGCACUAAUGUCUACGGAUCUGACGGAAGCUCUUCCCAAACAGGGACUCGUUUCAAUGUAUCGUUUACAUCAGGAAAAUCUUACCGUCUGCGACUCCUAAAUGCGGCAAUUGAUACACACUGGAAGUUUUCCAUUGAUAAUCACACGAUGACGGUGAUUGCGUCAGAUCUCGUACCAAUUCAGCCCUUCACAGCCACAGUGUUGAAUAUAGGAAUCGCCCAGCGAUACGAUGUCAUCGUGACCGCUGACCAAGCAUCCACAGCCGACAACUUCUGGAUGCGUGCGAUUCCCCAGGCCGCCUGUUCUGAAAACGAAAGUUCCAACAACAUCCGAGGUAUUGUAUACUACGGCGACAGCGCUGGAACCCCCACGACAACGGGAUACAAUUAUACAGACAGCUGCGACGACGAAACAGCCAACCUGAUACCCUAUGUUAGCAAGUCAGUGUCCAAUGCAAAUUGGAAUGAUCUGGAGCUGGCAACAGUAGGCACCAACAGUGCUGGACUGUUCAAAUGGUAUCUCAACAGUACAACGAUGCUCGUCAACUGGGCGAAGCCGACUUUGCAGUCAGUUUUGAGUGGCACAACAAGCUAUGACAAUGACACUGCCGUCAUACAGCUUAGCGACGCAGACCAGUGGAUAUAUCUCGUAAUAGAGACAGCGCUUGCAGUACCUCACCCAAUUCAUCUACAUGGACACGACUUUUUCGUCCUCGCACAAGGGUCAGGCACGUAUUCCUCUAGCACCGUUACGCUAAACACAGACAAUCCUGCACGGCGUGAUACGGCUUUGCUGCCUGCGUCGGGAUAUCUUGUGCUAGCAUGGCAGACAGACAACCCGGGGGUGUGGUUAAUGCAUUGUCACAUUGGCUGGCACACUUCUGAGGGAUUUGCGUUGCAGUUUAUUGAGAGACAAGGCGAAAUCGGGGGCAUCACAAACUCAACUUACGUGGACAAUGUGUGCGCAAAUUGGAAUACGUACCAAGGAACCGCACUUAUCGAGCAAGAGGAUUCAGGCGUCUAG